CAAUCUUCCUCUUCCAUUUCUUUGUUCUUUUUAUUAAACAAAAUAAAGAAAAAACAUUCAUACAGAAGAAACUAGAAUCCAUUGUUUAUUUGCUCGACCAAAAUGAAGAAGAAGAAGCCACUGUUUCUUUGUCAUACAGGCCUCAAGAUAUGUUGGGCCGGCUCAGUGAAGAACCCGACUCAAGUCAAUUAAACUUCAAAACCCUCAUUUCAGCUCUGUCGCCGCAAAUACAACAAAUUCCCUUCAAGAUGAAGAAGCUCUCAGUUGGUGAUGCAUUAUCGUUACUCGCAGCAGUAAAACGUAGGUUUGGAUAUGAGAAAAGGGAAAAAUAUGGAUCAUUUCUACAAAUUAUGAAGGAUUUCAAGGCUGAAAGAAUUGAUGCUAGGGAUGUCAAAUUAAGAGUGUACGAAUUGUUGGACGGCCAUGAAGAUUUAAUUUCGAGAUUCAACAUCUUCUUGCCAACUGAAUAUGAAAUCAAACUUCCAUUAGAUCGAGACGAUGAUGAUGAUGAACAACAAGAAGGUCGUAUGUUAGAGACAAAAGAUGCAUUUGCUUUUCUCGAGAAAGUAAAAGAUGUGUUUCAUGAUAAGAAUAGGGAAAAGUAUGAUGAGUUUUUAGAAAUUGUUAAGGAUUUUAAGUUUCGGAGAAUUGAUAUAAGUGUUGUCGCGGCAAGAGUGAAUGAGCUGUUUCAAGGGCAUACAGAUUUAAUUUUUGGAGUCAAUGCCUUCUUGCCAAAGAAAUAUCGAAUCACAACUUCAGUUCAGCUGGACACUGGGGAAGUAAUGAAUAACAUCCAAGAUGGUUGUAAAAUUUCAUGGGAUAUGCUUGAUGUCAUUUCCAGAGAUCUAGAUUUCGAUGACCUCUUUCAAUUCGCUGGGGUGUGCAAGAAUUGGAGGGAAUUUCAUAAAAUUUAUUGGAAAAAGUUCUUGGCACUCCAGGAACCAUUACUUAUUCAAAAGUCUUCCCAUGAUAAGAAAUCCUUUUCCUUCAUCAGCAUAGCUGACCGAAAAGUUUAUCACUCGAAGACGAUCAAUCAAUUCUGGCACGUUGCAUAUUCUGGCUGUUCUAGCGGUUAUUUGAUCAUGACAGGGGACAAUAAUUCUUUUCUGCUAUUGAAUCCAUUUACAAGAAGAAAGAAGGUAAUCAAUACAUCAACCUUUAAAGUCAAUUCUUCUUAUUUUGCUUACCAUGUCUUACUUGCUUUUGGCAAAGGCUCGGAGGAAUUUGUCUUAGUCGCUUCAUGUAAAAGAUCUGGCAGUUUGUAUGUCUAUCAGUCUCGAAAUUUGGGUUGGGUUACAUAUUCAACAAUGGAAAGUCCAUGGAAGGUUGUUGACUUUGUUGUUUUGCAUCAUACUAUAUACGUUGUCACUGACAAGGCCAACAUAGGUGUACUUGACUUGAAUUCCACAAAUAUAAAAUUUUUAGAACUGAAGAGUACACCCGAUGUAACAUCUACCUCACUCCUCAGGAUGGUUAGUUGUGAUGGACAACUUUUAUUGAUUCAUAUUGCUUCUGAGGAAAUAUUGAAUGUAUACAAGAUAGACUUCUCAACCAUGAAUUAUAUCAAGCUGGAAACUUUGGGUGACAUUGCAUUAUUUUAUGCUUCCGGGGAAUACUUCAAUGCAUUGAGCAACCCGAGAAGGUGGGGUUUUGAAAGCAACUCUUUGUAUGCCAUCAAUCUUUCAUCCACAACAUGUAUAGUGUGUUUAGGGGAUGAUAACGAACUGCCAAAAUACAUUAAGGAUGAUAGAUUUCGAGUUCCUCCGAAGGAAAAUGCCUACUUGCUGGAUUGGUGUUUUAGACAUCUACAGUAUGAGGUGGAUCUUUCGCCAGAUGAGUAACCUGGUUAUUCACAUUGUAGCUUGUGAUAUUUGCUUUUGGACCAUGUUUUUUAUGUUUCCCUUUUGUUUUCCAAUAAUUUGACUAGAAUGAAAAAACAUGUCAUGGUGUAUGGUUUCAACAUUAGAGAACGAUUGAGAUAAAUAGUUUUGAAGUGGAUGCUGAUAUCGUUAAACGACUGAACCAACUUCUAUGGUUGUGUUUUGUUUUGAAAGCAUAAAGUUUAACAUUUCCUAUUUUUUCUC